CCCCCUCCCCCUCCUCCUCCUCCUCCUCCUCCUCUUCUUCCUCCUCCUCCUCCGCCGCCUCUACUGCCCCUGAUUCCAGGGCUGGGAGACCCCGCAGGAGGAGGCCUGAGGAAGAAGAAGAGGGUGAGGAGCUUCUACUGGAAAACGAUACCUGAGGAGCAGGUGAAGGGGCGGCCCAACCUGUGGACUCAGAGCCCAGUACAGCAGCAGUACCAGAUCGAUGUCCACACCAUCGAGGAGCUGUUUGGUCAGAACGACUGUCAAUCAAAGGACAAGGCCACGCCCACCAGGGGAGGGAGGAACAGGAGCUCGUUCAGAGAAACCAAAGAGGAGAUCUCCAUUCUGGACUCUAAGCGAGGGAUGAACGUCGGGAUUUUCCUCAAACAGUUCAAGAGGUCCAAUCAGACGAUAGUAGACGACAUUCGCCAAGGCAACAGUGAGUCUUAUGGGGCGGAGCCUCUGAGGGAGCUGCUGAAACUGCUGCCGGAGACAGAAGAGGUGAAGAAGCUGAAGUCGUACCGAGGCGACGUCUCGAAGCUCUCACUGGCCGAUUCCUUCGUGUACCUGCUGAUCCAGCUCCCCAGUUACCCCGUCCGUGUGGAGUCCAUGCUGCUGAAGGAGGAGUUUCCCGUGGCGUGCGAGGUCAUGAAACGAGACAUUAGGAUCCUCCGCUCUGCCACCAGAGAGUUAAUGUGUUGUGAGGAGCUCCAUGCUGUUCUCCACCUGGUGCUGCAGGCUGGAAACAUCCUCAACGCUGGAGGUUACGCAGGAAACGCCGUGGGCUUCAAGCUGUCGUCCCUCUUGUCUCUGGCCGACACCAAGGCCAACAAACCGGGCAUGAACCUGCUGCACUUCGUCGCUCUGGAAGCUCAGAAGAAAGACGAGCGGCUGCUGGAGUUUCCUCUGAAGCUGAGUCACGUCCAGGCAGCAGCCAGGAUCUCCUUGGAAACGCUGGACGCUGAACUCAAGAGGCUGAUGUCUCGCACGCGCUCAGUAGAGGAGAACGUCCAGAGAGACACGGAGCUGCUGCAGCAACUGGACGGCUUCCUGCAGGCGGCGACCUCGUCUCUGUGCUCGCUGCGGGGGAGUCGGCAGCAGCUGAGGAAGGAAGGCAGCGAGCUGAUCGACUUCUUCUGUGAGGACAGAGACGCGUUCAGACUCGACGACUGCUUCGGCAUCUUUCACACCUUCUGCUCCAGGUUCAGCCACGCCGUCAAGGAGAACGUGGAGCGGGAGGCUAAGGAGGCCGCCCGACGCCGGCGCUUGCAGGAGCUGGAGGAGCAGAAGAGGCACUCCUGGGCCGGUGGCGAGGAGGUGUCUGGAAGCUUCAGGUUGCGCUGCAGCAGCGAGACGGACAUGUCAGCUGCCAUGUCACGACACGACGAGGCCGGGCUGCUGAUGGAGCUCCUGACCCCGAAGUCCCGCCCCCGCUCACCCCUAAACAACAGUGUUCUGGGGCGCUCAGGGAGUUUACGACGUUCCCGGAACUCUCCAUCCAGCUCGCCGUCUCUUGCUGCCGAGCGCGAGCUGAGCACGCUCCUAGGAAUGGCGACCUCUGACCCCAAAGUCGGCCAGCAGAGAGGAGGAGGAGGAGCUUUUCGAUCGGCCUCGCCUAAACCUUCCCCUCAGACUCUGCCCCAAAGUCCAGGGGUCACCACAUGCAGCUUCCCCCAAAACCAGCAGCCUCAGUCGGGCGAGAUCGCACCACAAACCCCCUCGUCACCUCCCGAGACAAACGCACAUCACACAACAACCACUUACCUCAGCUACGCUGCUCCCCAGACUCCAGCAGACGUCGUCGAUCCCACAAAGAAACCUACCUCUGAUUCACACCAGCAAUCUGACCACAACAACAACAACAACGGCGACGACAGACUCGGUUUUAGCAGCCGGACGAGGGGGGAACCGCCGAGAACGAAUAAAGCCGGUCGGGCCGUUAGUGGACGAAUCACCUGCAGCGACGAGAGCUUCGACUGCGACGCGACAGGCGGCAUGUCUGUGGUUUUAGAAACGUGCACGCUGGUGCCUGAGCUGAGGGUGUUUGACAAGGUCGCCACCUCGACCGGUCGCGACGAAGGGCAUCACACCAGUCGCCACGAGGACGACGUGUUCAUCACGGAUCUGGAGGAAGAGGAAGAGGGAGAGGACGAAUCCCAGACUGGGAAUGUAGAAAAAUCUGGGGUGGGAAGAGAUGAAGAGGAGGAGCCGGUGAUUGUCUGGUGUGUGACAGGUGUGUGUGAGGCGGCCGGCGAACUCGCACACACGGACAACACACAUGUACGGACUGAUAAGGAUCCGUGUCGGACUGACAAUCAGGGAGGAAACCAGCCAGCUUCCUCCGCCUCAGCCAAUCACACGCCCUCAGAACCUCAGCCAGCCAAUGAAAAGCCAGUGCCUGUACCCAUCAGCAGCCAACCAGUGCCUGUCUCCCGCUGUGACGACCCGUCACGGCAAGCCUCUUCCCCCAGGUGGCGCCCAGCAGAGCCUGCAUCAGCCAAUGGAGCGCCUGCUCUCACCACAGAUGCCUCCGAGGAAGGUAAGGAACCGGCCAAUCACAGGGAAGAAGCAGAGGGCUCCACCAAUGACACAAGAGAUGAGGAGACCCGCCCAGAACAAUCAACAGACGGCAGGGGAAGAAGCAACGCUUCCACCAACAGAAAGGCGGAACCAGCAACUUUGUCCAAACCGUCCACCAGGAACACCUUAACCUCAAAAACCCGACCCGCGGCGUCGAAACCCAACGCAACCACAAGCUCCGCCUCCACCGCUAACAAGUCCAGACCCGUCAGGACUCUCACCACCUCCGAGAACCAGGGCAUGAGGCGUGUUGUGCCCAUCUCCCGAACCAGCCGACCCGAGAAGCCUCCUGCCCACCACCGGGGAUCCUCCAGCUCCGCGGCGCCCGCCAGUCUGACCGUCUCCAACCCCAACAGCAGCACCUCCCUCCGGCGUGGAGAGAGGCCCUCCACUGCUCCUUCCUCCCGACGAUCCAGCAUCCACAAAGACUCGAAAGACCAGAAGAUCUCAGGUCCUCAGAACCAGGACUUGCAGAGGAAGCCGUCCGUCCGAAAACCUGUAACAAAACCCAAACCCCAGCCGGAGGAGAAGAUGUGUCGCUCCACGCUGCGAGCGCUCGCUCAGGCCGGAGGAGGAAGUGGAGGAGGCAGCAUCAGUGCUCCUGCCACCCCUUUGCACAAAGCCGCUACCCCGUCAUCAUCGCCGCUUCCGGGUUUCGCCCGAAGCACCGCCUCCUCUUCUUUCAGACGCACCGCACUUCCUCCUCAUUCACCCCACACUGGCUCAGACUCCUCCCAUAAACCCUCCCCCAAGACCACCACCACCACCUCCUCCUCCUCCUCCGUCGCCCCGCCCGGCAACUCGUCGCCUUUCACCCGAGCAGGCUCAGUGAGAGUCUCCACCGCCUCCAGAUCUUCAGACCUCCUCAACCCGUCCUCCUCCUCCUCCUCCUCCCCGUUGAGGAGGUCUCAGAGCAUCAGGGCGUCUCCUCGCUCCCCCCUCCACGACUCGCUGGCUCCUCCUAAAGGCCACCGGCGGAGCGACAGCGGCAGCUUCUCCGACAAGUCCUCUCACUCCAGAGACUCGGUCAAGGCCGCGAGGCCGAGCUGGAGAUAACAGGAGAGAUCUACGGCCGCAUUCCAACAUGAACUCUGUGCAGAACCUUCCCCUCUGUACUGGGGGUAGAAGGCAGUGGACACAUUCCAUUAUGAAGUGUAGGAUCUAAUUUAUAGAGGAAGAAAGAUGCAUUCCUCGGCACAACUCACAAGUUUAGGUGGAGAAACAAAGGAGGUCACAUUCCAAUAUGAAGCACAGACAGUUUCCUUUUCUCUGAAGGUUGAGAGGCUUCGUUAAAGUAUGAAGAUUAAUUUAAUUUGUCUUUUUUUGAAGGCACUAAAAUAUGAAGAAUAAACCGUCCCCGGGGUUUUUCUAUUAAACACUGUUGAUCUAAGUGAUAAUUACAAAGUGCAUUCCAAUAUGAAAUAUAUUAAGGAUACACUCUGGUCCUCAGGUAAGCUGCAGAAGUUCAUCCACGCAUCCCUGCAAAAAUAUUUGGCGUUAGAGGCUCGUGAUGUGACGACUGCUCGCAGGGAUGCUAACGCUAACACACUACCCAGCUGGGAACAUGCUAGCAGCGCCAGUCAGUCACAACUUUUCUAUUCUGGCAUUUAAUUCAUCGAGUUGUGCAUCAUUUCAUAUCAUUUAUUCAAAUAUCGCAUAACCAUCCUCUUUUGUCUGAUGGUGACGGUGCAACAGUUGGAAUUGAUUCAUUUUGACAUUUCAAAACUUACUUGGAAAGAAGGGGAACUGUUUGAAACACAGCAGGUGUUCUUGGCGCGGCAGGUACAGGCUACUUUUCCAGAUGAAGUGGAUGUUGCUGCAGUUCUGUUCUCAGUCAUGCAGCGUUUCCUUCUCUACAGGCAGGGACUCCAUGUGCCACGACGAGCUGUUUGUCUUUUGAGUUCAGCAUUGUGAUAUCUAGAAGCCGACAGCCUCAGGUGGUGUCGUCGCACCUGUUGAAUACACAGACUUCCUAAAGUCAAAGAGGUCUUCUUCCAGUUUGUAUCAUGGACACGUUUACUGAAACAAUUCAUCGACGAAACAGAUUGGUCGUCAGUUCUAUCCUUUAUCGACUAAUUAUCACACAGGUAACAUUUAUAACCCCAGAUUCCUGUGGUUGCUAACUUUUAUUUUGAAGCCAGACAAAGGGACCAGACCCUAAUAUCAAGUACACACACGUUACGCAGCCUUCGAACGUGCUAAAUGUCACCACAGACCAAGCUAGCCGACUCCUCUGAGCUCCAGUGAAGCUCCUGUGAAGCUUUCAGACACUAUCCAUUCAUAGCUUCGUUUUCCUGUAAGCUUUGUUCCAAAAUAAAGUUCAGCAAGAGUCUCCCGUGUUAAACCUCUGGAGCUCAGCGACAGUUUUCCAGACAUCACAAAGCUUUUUAUAAUUCGUGUCCCAGAGAAAAUAAAGCAUGAAGAAUAAGUUGUAGCCUCCUGAGGUCCAAGCAUGGACUCCCUGGGCCUUCUGAGCGCUGCCACAUCAGUAGUUUACAUGUGAAGGAAAUAAAUGUAUGCAUCCAUGAAUGUGUAAUGAGAUUUAAAGAAUAAAUACCCCGUCUUCUCUGCAGUGUUUAUGGUAAGUGACGUGACUGAAUCCCGGCUGGGUGUUUCCUGUUUCCUCUUAAAUUCCUCUUUGAUUCUGCACCUUUAACUUCACUAACCAAGCUGAGGAAUCUGGCCUGAUUGAAAUAGGAAUUAUAUCAUUAUUAUAAUUAUCAUUGUAUUUAAAAAAAAUUUUAAAAAUGCUAAAUCACUGAGAAUCAUAUAGUUUAAAAACAGAGUGUAGAUUUAGACGAGGAGAUAUUUAAAGUGUCUCUGAUUCAAACCAACAGUGUCUGACUCACUGGGAAAAGUCUGCGGUGCCAACUUUGUUAAUAUGAGGAUAUUUGUAUGUUUGUGUAUCUAUUUAUGUAUGUAUGUAGUUAAUAUUUGAUAUAUAUAAUCUAACUACUAAUUAAUAAAGUAUUAUUCCUCCAACUCACCGCACGUUGUUUCUGUUUCUGUCUGGAUAAUCGAAUUGCCUGACUGUUCCAUUUAAAAAACAUACAUGCAUAUAUUUUUUGAUUAUAUUUAUUAUGAUAAUCUGUUUGUCCGGUGAUCCACCACUUUGGUCCAGACAUUUAUUUUCCCAUCAGGAUGAACUGUAAGAAUUUGGUGAUCCGUAAAACUUUAAAUCUAGCGCCAUCAUCAGGUCAAAAUGUUUUAAUUCAAAAGGGAAACAUCUCGAAUGGACUAUUUGACCAUUUUAUCGUCUGGAAAAGAUAUUAAUAAUCAGUUUAUACUGCAGCUGUUUUCCAGAACACAAAAUGUGCUGGUGGAGGAUUUUCCACAACCUGGCAACCAAAAAGUUGUCGUCAUUAGGCGUUUAACUGAUGUAUAAAGCGUUGGUAAAUGAUUUAUUAACCAUUAAUAAAGCCAUUAAUUAACUUAUAAGCCCUGUAUAAAUGGUGCAUUAUCAGAGAGUGGUACCAACAGCGUGUCUUGUGGAAAGCACGAUGUGAUCUGUGCUGUAGUUUCACUGGUGUUUGUGAAUAAUUUGUUAUUUAUUUGUAUUUU